AGUUUGACGAAUGGCGGUCUAUGGGACUGAUAUUUAAAUUUGAUCGCGUUCUUCUGUUGGAAUUCGUUGGUGCAAUUUAGUUUUAUUUGCAUCGUGUCGUUCGACUGUGGAUCGUGUCCUGAAUAAAAAAAAUAAUUAAUUUAAUAAUACGUCAAACUUAUAAUUAUUAUUGUUGUUGUUAACUAACUGAUCUUUGCGUAAAAACAAUAACAUCAGCGACAUAAGUUCAUAGUGAAUUUAUUUCCGGUUGUUUUUUUGAUAUCUUUAGCAGCGAAAAUUUUUAUUUGUUGUUAUUGUUGAAGGACUUAUCUACAUAAAUCGAUUGUGAUUCAAGCCACCUCUACACACUCAACAUUAAAAUGAAUGAAAAUGACAAGAAACAAAAUAUCGACCAUACAAGAAUUCCACUUAAGCUUGAUAUUCACAAAGCCAAUUCGGUGCCAAAACCUCCAAGACUGAAACCAGCCAAAAAGAAGAAACGUCGCGAUAAAAGUGAUUUGGGUGAGAAUUUUAUUGCACCAGAUGGCGGAUGGGGUUGGCUAGUUGCCUUUGCAUCUGGAAUAUGUAUUUUAGUCACAUUUCCAAUAAUGCAGCAAUUUGGCAUAUUAUUUAGAGAUAGAUUUAAGGAAAUAGGAAUAAGUAGUUCACAGAUGACAACUAUAAUUAAUACACAACAAGCUGUAUCUGCAUGUACAGGUCUCUUCAAUGGUCCAUUGUUUCGACGUUUUUCUUACCGACAAUGUGCUAUAACUGGGGCGUUCUUAAUAUUUAUUGGUCUAUCCGGAACAGUCCUAGCUGACUCCUUUAUUUUAUACCUUUUGACCAUUUCCGUAAUUUAUGGCAUUGGACGUGGUCUUAUGGUUUCAUCGUCUUCGUUAGCUGUCAACACAUAUUUCAAAAUAAAAAGACGAGCUGCUACUGCGUAUCAGUUCACCGUAGCUGGCCUGGGGCCCAUCGGUCUGCCGUACCUCUCUACAUUCCUUAUGACAGAAUAUAGUGUUUCUGGAGCUGUUCUAUUCUACAGUGGUAUAUCGCUUCAUAAUCUGGCUUGUGCGUGCAUUUACCAACCUGUCAAAUGGCAUGUGAAAAAACCCAAGGUAAAUCUCGAGGCUGGGCGAAAGAUGUCAGAUAUCGAGCUUGAUCACCAUCAGAUACUCGAUCAUGCAGCUGAUCCUGAAACGCCUAUGAUGGCAAGAGCAAACGACGGAUGGUAUGGCUCGAAGAAUACUCUGGAAAGAUUGGGAAGACGUCAUAGUUCGGUGGGGACUGUAGUAAGUUACAAGAUCAAUGAUGGUACCCCGGCUAACACACCAGCAAUAAGGCCGAGGACUCCAAAGCUCUCAAUUUCAAUGAGCAAACCUCUGAUGGAGCCACUCAGAGAACUUCCUCUCCCAGAGGAAAAACAGUUCCUGGAAAAGUCUCCCGAAGAGCAGGAUGAUGACGAUAAACAGCAGGAAAAGAAACUUUCCAUCUUCGAGAGAAUUUCGAUAUUCUUCGAUCUCGAUCUUUUGAGAGAUUUCACAUUCGUCAAUCUGGCUGUGGGUUUGACUGUAAUAAGUUUCACUGAAAUCAAUUUCGCCAUUUUGACGCCGUUCAUAUUGAAUGACUUUGGAUUUGAUAAUAGCCAAAUUGCUGCCGCUAUGUCAAUGUUGGCGGCGUGUGAUAUGGCAAUACGGUUUUUGAUACCUUUCAUAACGGCGAAGAUGAAAUUUGACAAUAAGGUCUUCUUUUUGGCCGGUAUUGUGGGAAUGGCUUUUGGGAGAGCUAUUGUGGCUCAUAGUAGAAAUUUUACGGUGGUUUUGAUCGCAUUCGGUUGGAUGGGUUUGAGUAAGGCAAUGAGAGUUGUCUUUUGGAAUCUUAUAAUUCCUGGAUAUGUGCCGCUGAAGAGACUUCCUGCUGCAGCUGGAUUGCAGUUACUCUUGUCAGGAGUAUUUACAUUGACUUGUGGACCAAUAAUUGGUCUUGUGAGGGAUGCAACUAAUUACACAUUUACACUCCAUUGGAUGAAUGCGAUGUGCUUCAUGGUCGUCAUUGCAUGGUUCUUAGAAGAUUUUUAUAAACAAAAGAAGAAACGUGAAAAAGUAUAUGAAGAAGAAGAAGAAAACGAAGCAGUAGUAAUACAACAAACAACUGAAGAAAUUAAAUAAUUGUUCUUUAUAAUAAUAUUUAUAUUUUUUGUUUUGUUAAAUAUUUCUAGUUAGGUGGAUUAAUUAUUAUCAAGCUCAAUUUAAUUGGGAUUUUCCAAAAAGUUCCAUCAAUUUUGUAUGGAUAGUCUUAGAGAUAAUGUAAAUAACACUGGUCAGCAUAAGUAUUUCAAGAUUGGAUAUAAUUUGCUUUAGAAAAAUAAUAAUAAGCUGUCCAGUGUAGUUCUUUGUUUAUUUGAAAAAGACUGUUGAGUUUAAAAUUCAAAAAUUGCGGCUUCAUAAUGCUUAAGUAAAGUAUUUUUGUACCGAAUAAAUGACUUUGAAGAUUAUGUUUUGUGCAUUUUGUUUCUAGGCGCGGAAGAAUUUAAGUAUUCAACAUAAAUUAUGUUGCAUAAUUCUAGGAGGUAUUGGAAAUGUGCACAAUUGUUCUGAAGUCAAGUUUUUAAGUAUGACUACGUACAUACUCGGAAUUUUAUAAAUUUAUUAACUUUAUAUUCAAAACACAACAAGUAAUUCCGAGAUUUGAAUUAAAUUAAUUACGACGAUAGUUUUCAUUAACCUGUAAAAUAUAAUGAUUUGGCUAAAUCACUUAGAAAAGAGUGUCUAAGAACUUGUAUUUAAAAAAUAGUUGACUUAAGAAUAUCUACUUAUCCUUUAUUUCAAAUUUUAAUAAAAGUUAAUUUCCAUAC